UUCCACCAUCCAUUCACCUCUAUCAUGUCUGAGUUCGACUUGUCCGACUCAGACUGGCUCGAAGUAUCCAGCAUCCACAGCUCUGACAACGAUUCCCUUAGCGAUAGCUCACGAUGCAGCGAACGCGGCGGUCUCGCGUCGCUGCCACUGUCCCGUCGCUCGUCCAUAAGUCUCGGGAGUUCUGCUGAUGACCAGAUCGAUGCAUGGGAGGGCUUUGUAGAGGAAGGAAGCACAGCCGAUAGCCCAGGACCAAGCUCGGAGACACUACCCGUGACGGAGCUCAUCCAUGAUGACCACGACCCCCUGGUUACCGCACUCGACCAGAGCCUCGUCGGCACUCUGAGUGCUUCACGAUCCAGUUCCCUCGGUGCCUCUUCCACUGUUCAGAACUCCCUCCGUGAUCUGAGGUUAUCGUUUCCCGAUCCUCUCACCAGUUCCCGCGAUGAACUCCAGCGCUCGUACGAGACGGUGCCAUCCCCCGAUAUCUGUAUCACGGACGAUGUUCCCAAUUCGCCGAUGACCACAGUACUCGGGAAGGAUGUUGAUUUCACUGCCGCCGGAGAUGCCCGCGAUUAUCAUGUCGCUCCCGAUGUCCAAGUCAUUUCCCUCAAGGAAUAUAAUGUGGUGCUGUACGGCGCGCAUGACUUCGGCACUUUCAUUUCAUGGCUUCUCUCCGUUAUGGGUGUCCGCGAGGGUGCAGAGCGGUCGGUGGAUAGCAUCGCUUUCGACCCGAGUCCUAGCGUCGAAAGGCCUUCGAUCGGUAUCUUAUCUCUCCAUUCUUCAUUCUCCCGCAGUCUUCCUUUGCAUUCUCUCUAUAUUCCCGCUAUAUUUCCCGCCCAGAGCGACGAGGAUCUUCUCGAGCUUCACUCGAAAGCCGUCACGCGUUGGGGAUCUCUCAGCAUCCCCGAUUCACAUAUCCUCAGGCUCAUAGACGCAGAGGGAGCUCAGAUAUUCGUCGAUACCCCCAUUUCUCGACAGUCUGUCCAUUCUGCAUCUGUUCAGCGCCAACUCGAGCAGAUGGUGCGGUCACCUCCGAAGAAAGGACGGAAAGGAUUCGAACAAUUGAAACCAGCGCACGGAGUGACAUUCGUGGCUCUGCUCUCGUUAAUCAUGGGCUUUGCAGUCCAUACGGCCUGGCGCACAGCCCAUCCUCCUAGUCCAACAUCGGUUGCGACCGCAGUCCUUCCUGUGCAACCCACGUCUACGAGCUACUACCUCCCGGUCGACUCGCAGCCCCACUCGUCCCUAUCUCGAGCAGCUGCACCUAUGAUCACGACCGCGCUAGUGCCUUCGACUCUGAAGGAGUUUGCGCUGGCAGUCUUCAAUCCUCCGAUUCAAUUUGCGUCCUUGUCCUCUAGCGCAACUAGUUCAAUGCCUAGCAAGUCGGCGACCAUACGUCCUGUAGCGUCGAAGGGGGCUCAGUCCACCACCGACGUGAUCUUGCGUCCUUCGACCUCGUUGGCCAAACUUGUCAACUCUAAAUCCGUCCAGACUUCUACGCCGCCCAGCUCUCCUCUUUUACUCGACGCGCCGCAGGUGGCAGCUUCUCUGAGCCUCAGAGUGGCCGGCUCCUUGUCCGAGAUUGCGACUGCGGCGAUGAAAGCUCUGGAGGAAAUCGUCGGUCCCGAGUUCGGAGAGAUUGUCUUGGCCAUCGACGAUCUCAUGCGUGCUAUCGGACGGCAGACUACUGCUAUCGCACAGACUUCGAGGGCCCGGGCCCGGAUGCUGCGCCAUGUGCUCUCCCAGCGAAACGAACGGGCCAAAGGCAAAGCACGGCAGCUCAGUCAGACAUUGGUUUCGACUGUCGGGAUCGAGCUGAGGGCUCGAGCUGAUCUGGCAAGGAGCAGAGCACAUAUGAUCAAACACAAUUUCGUGGAGUCUGGUCUCUGGCGCUCCUAUAUCCAGGCUCAUGGAAUGUGGUCUGACAAGCUCCAUGCGAGCCAGCCGCGAUCUGAGCGACGCCGAGGUCCUACUUUUGCUCGGCACCAGAGAGAAAGGCGCUGACCUCCAUGUGAUAUGAUCUCCGUUAGUACGAUAGGUAGGUAGGCAAUGUAUGUUAUGUGUAUGAAACUAUGAAUUGUAUGGUCAUAUGGA